UCCGCCUCCGCCUCCCCUCCCCCCUGCCGCCCCGCGGGGGCUCCGGGCCCUGGGGGACCAUGUUCACCAGCACCGGCUCCAGUGGGCUUUACAAGGCUCCUCUGUCGAAGGGCCUCCUGCUGGUCCCCAGUGCCCUGUCCCUCCUGCUGACCCUCCUGCUGCCGCACUGCCAGAAGUUCUUCCUGUAUGACCUCCAUGCCGUCAAGAACGACUUCCAGGUUUGGAGGCUCAUAUGCGGAAGGAUGGUCUGUGUGGACUUGAAGGACACUUUCUGCAGCAGUCUUCUCAUUUACAACUUCAGGAUAUUUGAAAGAAGAUACGGAAGCAGGAAGUUUGCUUCCUUCUUGCUGGGUUCCUGGGUGUUGUCAGCCUUGUUUGACUUGGUCCUUGUGGAAGCCGUGCAGUAUUCAUUUGGUGUCACUGUGGCCAGUGAUUUACCUUCUGGAUUCUUGGCACCCGUGUUUGCUCUCUUUGUACCAUUUUACUGCUCCAUCCCAAGAGUACAAGUGGCACAAAUUCUGGGCCCAUUGUCCAUCACAAACAAGACACUGAUUUAUAUAUUGGGACUACAGCUUUUCACCUCUGGCUCCUACAUCUGGAUUGUAGCCAUAAGUGGACUUAUCUCCGGCAUGUGCUAUGAGCACAGAGUGUUCCAGGUUCACCAGGUGCUCUGUGUCCCUGGCAGGGUGGCCCAGUUUUUCUCCUGGGCUCUUGAGCCUGUCUUCUCAUCUUCAGAGCCCACCAGUGAGGCCAGGGUCGGGAUGGGAGCCACAGUGGACAUCCAGAGGCAGCAGAGGGUGGAGCAGCUGGACCGGCAGCUCACGCUCUCCCACCUUGCACAAGUGAGGCGACAGCGGCAGCCGCAGAGAGGAAUGAUCAAUUGGAAUCGGCUUUUCCCCCCUUUACGUCAGCGACAAAAUAUCAACUAUCAAGAUGGUCCUCGGUCUGAACAGCGAGCGUCUCCUCCCCUGGAAGUUUCUGAAGAGCAGGUUGCCCGCCUCAUGGAGAUGGGAUUUUCCAGAGGGGAUGCCCUGGAGGCCCUGAGGGCCUCGAACAAUGACCUCAAUGUGGCCACUAACUUCCUGCUGCAGCACUGACAUUCAGCCCAGCUGUUGAGUGACAGUGGCGUGUCCCCACCACCACGUCAGCCCGAGGGCCAAGCAGUCUCUAGCACAGGUGUCACGAGAGGGUGGUUCCCACUGUACACUGUCCUCAACUCCAAGAUGGUUGCCGUGUAGUAGCAAAUAAGUUUGCCAUUAAAUUAGCAUGUAUUUUCUAUCUUUAUUUUUUUACUGGGCAUUUCUCAGUUUGGAGAAUCGUCAUCCUUAUGUGUUCAUGUACAUGGCAGUUGC